AUGACUCUCACAGGUGUUGAGACCUCACACGUUGUUGAGGUUGUUGACGAUGCGAAACAUUCUACACCAGGAGAUGGCGCAACGUUGCCCGGUUCGGAGCAGGACGAACGACCGGAAGAUUUGUUCAAGCCCAUAAAAUAUACCUAUGAUUGCUUCAAUUAUGAUGGCGCAGACUUCAAAGAGACCCAUGAUACCCCCGUGCAGCUCAAAGUUGUGAAAGAGCCCAAACAGCCCUCCCCUACAGAGGAACCCUCCUGUCUGUUUGAGAUAGUGACAAAGAUUAUGGUCAGACGGCCUCCUGGUGGUAUGCCAGAAGACGCUGAAAGGCCUUCACUGGAGUUCAUGAAGGUGGAAAACGUGAAUAAGGCGAGAAUGAUCAUUUAUUCGCUGUCCCUCCUAGAUGCCAUUCGAGAAGUCGUCAAGUACUACCCGAGUCAAAACCUGAUCGGGGACGAGGUGACAGUCCAUGAACCUUAUAGGGUGCUAAUUCAUCACAUCCGGGAGCUGAGAGAAUUGAGGGACCGACUAGACACCAACACUGCCGCAAAGCCCGACGCUCAUCUCUUAGAGAAGUGCCGUCACCUCGAGGUGCUGCUACAAUUUUUGGAUCCAGUAGUCCAGCGUAUGGUACUUCCGGCUGACAAGCGACUACUGAAAGAAACCCCUACGGUAAUCUUCGAGGACAUAUGGUAUCUUCUGAAACCGGGAUCAUUGUGCUACUUCCUCAACGAUAAUAUAUGGCUUGGUGGAAUCAUCGAAAACGUGCAGUAUUCAGAAAAGUCCGAUGAUGAAGAGGAAGCCUGGAUGGUGAGCGUUAUGUUUCAGGACAGUGAUUUUCACCAACAUGUUUUUGGUCCUGCACCUCGACUUAUCUCCAUAGAGGCUUUUGACGGUGAAAAGGUUGUGACCACAUUGCCCGUCUUUCCAUGUCAGUUUCAUGAUAGGCAGGAUAAUGGCUCUAGGCGGGCUGCCUUUCAGCGAAGGGGCGCCUUAGUCCGAGACAUCGUAUGGGGUGGCUACAAGUACAUGAGAUAUAGUGGCAGGCUCAUGGACAAUAAGAAAAGAAAGUAUGAUGGUCCCGUUAUAAUCGGGCCAUGUGAUUCUCCAAGUUGA